ACUAAAAACAAAUCUGCAACUUUCUGGUAGAUUCAACGUUGUUUCAGUUCUUCACGUUAAUAUUUAGCUUUAGAACAAACUUCUGCUAAAAAAAUGUCUGUAAUUAAUGUAUUAAAUCAGUUCCGACGUAUUUUGUUGGUUUCCUUUUUAUGCGGAGGCAGAUCAACAGCUGGCACUUUUUGAAGGUGUUGCACGGUUUUGACAGUUCCAUAGCCGUACGUGGUAAAUUGGUCGUUGUAAAUCACUCUUUAUAAACAUUUAGAUGUUGCCAUUGUUACUAUUAAACAGAGUGAGCAGAUUAAGACAUGGAAACAAUGAGAAGGAUAAGUUACAGUGCCUUUGACAAGUCGGACUCAGAUGGUGAAAGCUGUCAAAAGAUGACGAAAGGAGACCUUGGUUUUGGGUUAGGACUGCUGCCAGGAGCUGUUGUUAUUAAGCCGACAAGUACCAGCAAUAGUUCACACAGACAUUGCAAGGAGCAUAGUACUUGUCAUCACGGAAGCAGAACCAAAUUGUUUGAUGAAGAAGAAGUGUUUGUAAGAAACAACAACCCCAAAUGUUUAAGAUGUAAUGAAGAACCAAAUGACAGUGAUACAGAAAGCAGACUUUGUUGUUGUUGUGAAUCUGGACUGCAACCACAGAGUUAUUUUGGAGAUCAUGAUUCUGAAUCAGAGAGAGUUGAGGGCUCUAAUUUGAUGCCAAGACUUAGAUCUGUAGUAAGAAAAGCUCUUAUGAAUCAAAGGAAAGUCAGUGGUUCUGGUGACAACAAGGUUGACCCCUGUAGCUCUGAUGAACAAGUAAUCUUUGGGUUAGAAUUGGCAUCACAGGAAGUGAUAGAGCUACAGAGUGAUCUUGAAGCAACUAAGAGGCAGUUAAACAGUAAAUAUCGAGCCAUUCAAAUACUUAAAAGUCAGUUUGCACAUGUUGUCAUGAUUAACAAAGAACAUUCCAAGUCAAUCCAAGAAGCUAAAUGUAUGAAGACAUCACUGGAGAAGGAGGUUAAUGGUCUUCAGUUUGAUCUAAGUGCCACAAGAGAUUGUUCAAUGAUGACUCAGCAGACAUGGGCAGAACGAUAUGACAGAGUUUGUUUGGAAAAUAGAACUCUUGAAACAAAUCUACAAGAAUAUGUAGAACAACUUCGGAUGGCACGGCUAGACAAUUUAGGUCUAAAGCAGGAACGAGAUGAGCUACUCGCCAUGAUGGAUGUCAAGGAGCGGUUAGGAUACAAUCGCAACAAGUCAUGUAAUCUAUUUGAUACUGAAACUCAUUGCACGGCACAGGAACUAGCUGUGCUUGGUGCAUGUUUGUGUCGAGGUACAAGACCUAAUCCUUGCGGAUGUGCUAGAGUAGCUGCUGGGCUCAAGAAAGAAAAUUACAUCCUUAAGUAUGAGAUGGAUCAACUCCGGCAAAACUUAGAUGCUACACAACUAAUGGCAGAUUCCUUCCGGACAGCUUUUGAUCAUCAAUUGGACCAGAAUAUUUGUGAGAAGAUAACAUCACUUUGCCAGGAUGAGAGAAGAGGAGAUGGUCCAUCUGGGAAUCAAAGCAAUGGUCCCCAGGAAUCAAGAGUUUCAAACGAGUAUGUUGAAGAUGAUCAACAAAGCACUAUUCACAAUGAUGGUGAAGGGUUUAGAAGCAUUGCUGUUCAAGCAUCGCAGCCACUACCAGAUUUGAUUAGUACCUUGGCAGACUUGCUGAAUGACAAGACGGAGGCUCUGGUUCAUCAAAGGCUGGUAGCUAAGAUGCUUGCAAGAAAAACACAAGAUUUAGAGAAGACAAUGCAACAAUUGAAUGAUUACAGUAAUAGAUAAGUAAUGCUUUGUCUAACUUGGAGCGAUAUUCAUCCCUAGGGAUCCAGGGAAGGAAUGUGUGGUCUGUUGCUUGGUGGGAGGGGCAUGAAACACUUUCCUGCUACUUUCUAAAUUAUUAGUUUGAGAAGGGGUGAAAAUAUGCUAACCCACCCCUCCUCAGUUUUAUUAAAGGCACAUUUAGUAAUUGGCAAAGACCAGUUUUACCCACUUAGCAUAUCAUCUCAAAAUAUGUAUACAUGUACAGAAACAAACCUGUGAAAAUUGUGGCUCAAUUGGUCAUUAAGUUUCAAGAAAAUAAUAAAAGAAAAAACCCUUGUUGCAUAUUUUGUCUUUGCCUCUUGAUGACUGAGAAAAGCUUUAGGCAUUUCUCAGGUUCAAAUAUUUUUGUGAGAAAUUGUUGGAAAUCACUGAUAAGAGUCUUUGCUAAAUCAGAAGUAUUUUCUACUCGCCGCAAAGAGUGUAAAAAAAAUCCACAGUAGGACUGCUAAACUUUGCAUCUUGUUAUCAAAGAGAUUGUCACAUUUAUUCAUUAGAAUAUGGAAAGAUUGGUUAAUUUUCAGAGAACCUUGUGCAGAAAUAGGAGUUGGCAGCUUUGUCACAUAAAUACUCCACCAUGAAAUGCCUUGAAGCAACAUGUACAUGCCUAACUAUUGGAAAAGCUGACAAAACACUUCCUGUAGGUUAUUGACCGUAUAACAAAAUUAAACUUGAUCGAUUUCAUUUUUGUUAACUUUUAUUUCAAGACCUUUGGUAAGAUGUAUACAAAUGGAUUUAUAUACAUUCCCAGAACACACAAAACUUAUCAUUUUCAAACUUGUUUGUUUUGAUUAUAAUGUUGAAAUAGAUUACUGGAAUGAAUGUUAUGUUUGCACCAAUGUGACAAAAUUUCAGUGAGACAAAACUUAGAUGCUAUGAAAUACUUUCCAAUGUAUUUACAUUAAAAAAAUAAGGUUUUUGAACCUAAUUUGGGAAAUUAGUCUGUUUACCAAUGAGAAAAGUUCAAUCGUGCCAUCAGUGAGUAUGGAAAUAAGUUUUUAAGAUAAGAUUUCUCGUCAUUUUUGGCAAACACAAGCAGUCUAUUUCACUUUUAUACAAUUUAAACUGUCUUUCAAUUUCACUUUGUGGCAUGCAAUUAAACUUACAAUAAAGCCAUGCAGAACUGGUUGAAUGGUUAUCUUUUGUGAGCACGGCACUUGAAAGACCAAUUGCUUACAUAUUAAGAGAAAUCUCAUGCCUGAUAUGACUUUCUUUAAAUUUGUAGUUACACUGGCUGCUUAUUUGCCGAAAAUGACUGGGAAAAACGUAUAAUGUCUAUGUUUCCCAAUGUUUAAAUUUUGGUUAUAAAGGAUUAUUUUUGUAGUUUAAAUAUUGAAAUUAAACCUGGCCAUAUUAUUUUGUUUUUGUCAUGUUGCCUAAAUAAAUUAUUAUUUAUUAAACUACAUUAUAUGACUUGA